AUGAUGGGAAUAAGGUCCGAUUUUUUGUACCAAAGCCUGACGCUGAUGGUUGUUGAAAAGGACGCGUCAGUGCUACGAAAGGUUGAGCCACAGCAACUGAUACCCGAACUACUAGUACACAUGACUGACACGAUCCCACAUGAGAUAUUUCAGACCGGCUCCGAUACAGAGUCUUUGGUAGCACGCCUCAAGUUCAUGGGUGAGCACCUAACUUCGCAAUUCGCGAACAACCAUGUGUAUCCAUUCACUAUGCAUCGCAUAUGCGAGGUAUGUUUUCACCCACUGAAGUACUUUAAGACGCACGAGCUAGGAAAGUUUGUUAACGCUUUGGAAAAGUGCUGCUUGGUGAGUAGCCCCCUUGAAGAGGAGAGCGAGACAGCGUGCGAGGACGUUAGUGACGCCGGGAAUGUAUCGCUAUCCAAAAUACCUUGGGUAACGCAGGUUGAUGAAAAGGACCUCGCCUCGUUUUUGCGUGAGAUUGAGGCCACUGUCAGCGCCAAUUUUGGUUACGAGCAAGAUGAUGAUGAAGGCGAAGAAGGCGACGGAUUGGAUAUUAGCCGUAACAGCGACGUACAGCACAACUUGCUCGACGACGAUGACGACGACGACGACGAAGAUGACGAAGAUUACAGUGAUGAUCUAAACGAUGAAGAAGAUGCUGGGAGUGGUGGCGGUGAGGAUGAGGAAAUUAUAGUCGAAGAACAGAUUGAGGAAGAUGAGAGUUACAGUGACGAUGAGACAAGCAACGGCAGCAACGAGCAUCGCGGUGAAAUUGAAGGUGCAGGCGCCAUCGACGAAGGAGAAACUACGAGCGAGGACGAGGAUACAGAGACAUCCGAUGCACUGCGAAAAAGGAAGACGACCGAGCUAGAUGAUUUUGGUGAAAGAGACAGCGAAGUUUUUCCUGUUAAUACAACACCAAAGAAAAAAAAGCAUGGGCUGGCAGGUGAUGCAUCAUUGGCCGAGUCUCCCUUGUUUGCACAGGGAACUGCAGUACAAAGUAAAAGUGUGGAACAUCAGGUAUCGGUGCUGAUCUCGCCAAGCACUGCCAUACCGCCUCAACCCGAUAAAGUAGCGGCUGUUACAGAUGAUGGCAAUGAGACUAGCCCUUUGAGCUAUAAGAGCUCGAGACGUUAG